GUGGUGACCCAUCCAACACAUACGAUACGAUACGAUGCGGACAGUGUCUGCGAGUACUAUCAGCACAUGGCAUGUGCGUGUGUGGCUCUGGUUCCGCAGUUCUCACGUAGCCCCAUCAACUUUGACUUGACCCAGCUUACGCUUGCGCUUAUGGCCUAACCGUUGUACAAUUAAAUAACAAUUAGAUUAUAAUUAUGUCCCACAGCACAUUUCGCUUUUGCAAACAAGUUUCUUCAGUUUAUUCAAUUUGUGCGGGUAAAAGUGUUGAGAACAAAAGUGUUUCCCCCCCGCCCCUCACAAAGUUGCUCUCGACUCCGGCAGUGUAUAGCCUGAAGCUUCGCUCUAGCAUGCGAACGACGCAAUUUGCAAGCGCGACAAGCCCAAAAGCUUCUCUUCUUUGGGCAUGACUCAACAUUGAACAAUUUUACCGUACGCGAAUGCGUGCGCUUGUGUGUGUGUGUGUUUGUGUUUUGUGUGCGAGUGCGAGUGCGAGUGUCGUCGCUGAGGAGUAAUCAUUUCUUGGUUGACUGAUAAUUUGGACGAUUUUCUCUAGUCUUUUUGGUGCAUGUUUUUCUUAUGGGCUGUUGUAACUGCUUGGGCCAGGGAUUAAUUGGAAGUGAAAGAAGGCCAGUGAAAAGCAUUCGCCGUCCUCAUUGAAGCAGCGGCCGUCGGGCAACGGCGGCAGCAUACAAAACUUUUGGAACGAACGCAUUAUGGAGCGCUUCAUAAAGGCGAAUCUAUUCAUUAUAUGCUGCGUGGUGGCUGUUCUAUUGCUGAUUGUCUACCUGGGGGCCUUCUCGUGUGAGGUCUCGUGGAUACUGGAGGCCCAUGGAGAGCUGCCCUUUGCCGCCUACACGCUCUGCACCCUCUACUUUGUGAUGUUUGUGGCGACGACGAUACUGAUUCACGGCCUGGUCAGCGGCCUGUGCUGGCCCCUGUUUGCCUGGUCGGGCAUCAUUGGCCUCCUCUCCAUCCCGGAGCUGGUCUUUGUGAUGAUCAUGACGACACAGCAUUGGGGCCUGCAGUCGGUGCACGGACUGACGGAGCUGACCUCGUACCUGAUCCGGCUGAUCAUCAACUGCUUGGCGUUGAUCUGCGUCAUUCCCACGGGUAUUCGGUGGCGCCGCGAGACGCAGGUGCUCAGCCAGCUGCAGGGUCUGGCAACGCGGCUGUCCCUGCAGACGCCGGCGCCCAGCGUGCCCAUGACCAAGGCGGACUCCAGGCGCUCCAGCCAGCGGCUGAGUGGCUUCGAGAAUGCCGGCUAUCAGCUGUGCGAUGAGACAUCUGGCAAGCUGCCACUGGGUCCCGGCAUGGGCAUGGGACUGAACAACCAAUGCGGCAAUGGCGGCAGCCAGGCCUUUGGCUCCCAGAACGAGUUCAAUGCCAGCAUGUUUGCCCCGGCCCUGGCGCAGCAGUUCAACAACGCCGCCCAUAUGCAGAGAGCAGCAGGAGGAGGAGGAGGAGGAGGACCGCCUGGACAUCGCGCUCAGUCUCUGAUGGAUCUGCGCUGCACCUUGCCGGGCAUGUACAACCCCCGCCACGUCCUGGACACAGAGGACAAGAAUGCCAAGUACUUCAACAUAACCAUCGACGACCUGAAGAACAAUCUCCAGGACUCGCACCGGCCGUCGCCUCCCUCGCUCAUCGGCUCGGCCAGCAACGAUCCCAUCUACUGCUCCAUCGAGCCCAAGCAGAUGACCCCACCGCCGGCACAGCAGCGUCCGCACCACGGACAUCGACCCAGGGGCAGCCACAAGCAGCCGCCGCCGGGCCAGCUCUCGCGGAACUGCAUCUCCCUGGAGAAUCUGGACGGGAUCAGCAAGGUGCAGAACGACCUGAACGCCUACGGCAACAACCUGCUGCAGAACUACACCCAGCAGCAGCAGUACUACCUGGCCAUGCUGCUCAACCCGCUGCACCAGCAACAGCAGCAUCAGCAGCAUCAGCAGCAGAUGCAGCAACUGCAACAGCACCACCACCAGGCAGCAGGUGGCAUCUACCGCCGGCCGUCCGCCUGCAGCUCCAUUGGCGGCUUCAGCGGAACGGUGCUCGCUCAGCCGCGGCGUGGCUCACACCACAGCCAACAGAUGCAGUACUACGGGGGCUUUGGCUAUGCCAACUAUGCCAAUCCCUACAUCACGGCCAACAGCAAGCUGUCGCUGGGCAACGAGUCCGAUGACUACCGCAAGUACCGCGAUGUGGCGCUGUAGGAGGUCCACGUUUAGAUACAGAUACAGUCCAGUCCAGUCAGUGCUUAGAUUAUAGAUACUUAAAUUAUAGAUUGUAGGACAUGCUCGACUUAGAAUGAGAUUCCUCGGAAUAACGACCAAAGAGCCACAAACUAACUCAGUUUACGUUCGCAUACCAACAAGGCGGGGGGCAGCGACAGACUGGACUCCAUGUUGAGUUAUAGUCAACCCUGGGAGACCAUCUCCAUCUGCUGGAACUUGUUGGAAUCAUCGACUAACUAACCAACUAGCAACAUCAACUAGAUUCGACCUAAGUGUAGACAUAAGCAUCGACAGCGAACAUUCAUCGUUUAAUACGAAUAACAAUACUCGACACUCGAAUACUCGGACUGAUUGGCAGUCCCAACCGUUCAUUCGACAACUGUACAUACUUGUAAUUAAAGGCAAUCAUGUUUCACUUAAA